AUGACUUCUAUCAAUCGUAGAUACUUCAGCUUACUGCUAGCGACGUCUUUGGUAGUGGGCUUGCUUAGGCCUCACUACUGAUUCCAGGUACUCAUUCAUCACAUCCAAACACGAUAAAGCAGCACAUUUCACAGCAUUUGCGCUGGAAUCGUGGCUCUUUUGUAAAUCAAUAGGUGUACAAGCUGUUCCUAUCAAUGAGUCCGUUGUGAUUGACAAAUUCGUGCUGGCUUUGAUCGUGUGCUCCGGGUUCGCUAGUAUAGGCAGCGAGCUUGCGCAAUCGCUUAUUUCGCACGGGAAGCGAAAGUUCGAUGUCUGGGACAUUGGUUGUAAUUUCGCAGGCUCAAUUGUGGGGAUAUCAAUCGCAUACGCGAGGGAGAGACUUUUCUAG